GACGGUAAAACGCGAAUCGUCGCGAAUUCCGCAACGUGAUAGUGAUCUACCGUGCGCUUCACAUAUCGCGAACGUGGUGCACGUGGUGCGAUCGUUCCUCCGCUCCUGACAGAGUACGUUGCAAAAUCGCCGAAUUCGCGACGACCGCUUGGCAAACGCGAGCGUCUCCUCAACUGUCAUCGUGCGUCACCCGCCGCCGUGGGAGGCUGUCUAGGCGCUCUGUUGACGAAGUCGCCAAUGUCUCACGCCGAUCACCCACGUACAUGUUUCUCGCGAACGUCGUGAACUUGUUUUCCUUUGUUCUGUCGCGUGCGCGCUUCUGUUGGAAUGUAAGUCCCAUUAUUUUUCCUGCUUCUUUCAUAUUUAUUGUCAUGAACUGACGAGUAUCUCAAGGAUUGAUGGAAGUUAUAUGAUUGAAGUAUUUACUGAUGAGGUAAACAAAGAAAUGUUUGCCAUACUCGAUUCUUGGUAUUCUAAUUCUCAAUGAAUUUCAAUAAAUGAUUGUUGAAGAUAAUAUGACAAGGAAAGCGGACUGUGAUGCAUGGAUGAAAUACUAUCACUAGAUGAUAGAGGGUGAAAGAUUGGACUGUGUCAAGUCCAAAGAAAAGGCUAUUGACUUGAAGGAAGAACGGCAGUAUCCACCACGGCUUUUACAGAGAUGGUUGGACUGGCGGGCGGGGGAGGUCAUUUGUAUCCCUCGCCCCCCAUGCAACCCAACCCAGAGUUAAGAGAAAUGACCGGGAUUGCACCCAGUGCCCCAACCAGUGCUGACGCUUGCUUGAGCAUUGUGCAUUCUUUGAUGUGUCAUCGUCAAGGUGGUGAAAGUGAAGGCUUCAGCAAACGCGCGAUUGAAUCGCUAGUGAAGAAACUUAAAGAGAAGCGUGACGAGUUGGACAGUUUGAUCACUGCAAUAACCACUAAUGGAGCACAUCCCAGCAAAUGCGUCACCAUCCAGAGAACUCUCGAUGGCAGAUUGCAAGUAGCAGGACGCAAGGGUUUCCCGCACGUAAUCUAUGCUCGCAUUUGGAGAUGGCCGGAUUUGCACAAGAACGAACUGAAACACGUAAAAUACUGUCAGUUCGCUUUCGAUUUAAAGUGCGAUUCCGUAUGUGUGAAUCCCUAUCAUUAUGAACGAGUGGUGUCGCCCGGCAUAGACCCGUUCUUUACAGACCUGUCCGGACUGACUUUGCAAUCCGGUGUGGGUGUGGGACCUGGUGGCAGAUUGGUCAAGGAUGAAUACUCGGUCGGCGGUGGAGGUACCGCUGCCGCAGCGGCCGCGGCCGCCGUUGGAUCCGCGAUGGACGUGGACGGCGAAAUGAAUCAGACGAUUCAGCAUCAUCCACCGGCCCCUCAGCCGACCGCUUCGAACAACGCUCAACAGGCCCAGCAAGGAUUUAUACCAGGCUUACCAACUUCCAAUCCAACGAGUACUGAGGGUAUGUUUAGUGCCGGUGGGAGUGGCAAUAAUGGUAAUCCCCACGCUAAACUGGACGACAAUAAUUGCCCCAGGCAAACCUGGAUUCCCACGUCUCAUCACUCGGCAGGCCGUAACAUGCAUCAUCUAGUACAUCCAAUGAGUCACACCGUAGGUAGCCAACAACAAUCGCUGAACGCCGCGUCCAGCGGAACGUCCGGCGGACAGAUCCUGAGUCCCGCGCAGGGUCAGUCGACUGCUGAUACAUUCUACGGCACCAAUACACCCCCGCAAGACAUCAAUCAACCUCCUACCGUCGACGCGUUAGCAGCCUCUUUAGGUGAAGGACAAAGUUCACCCGUGUCGCCUGUACACCUUCAUCAUCCGAAUGGAUUUCCCGUGGGCACAGCAUCAUACAAUUCUGGGGCACCACAAUGGACCGGCGCCAAUACUCUCACGUACACUCAAAGUAUGCAGCCGCCAGACUCUCGACAUCUUCAUACGGCGUCAUACUGGGGAGGCCAUGGAAACGAUGUUAGUGGAAACAUCGGAGGAUUGCUUUCCACGCAACCAGCGCCGGAAUAUUGGUGCUCCGUGGGUUACUUCGAGUUGGACAUCCAAGUUGGAGAGACGUUUAAAGUCAGCAGCGGUUGUCCCACAGUCACCGUGGAUGGCUAUGUGGAUCCGAGUGGUGGAAACAGAUUUUGCUUAGGUGCCUUGAGCAAUGUGCAUAGGACGGAACAAAGCGAGAGAGCGCGCCUUCACAUAGGGAAAGGCGUUGUACUAGAUUUAAGAGGUGAAGGCGAUGUUUGGUUGAGAUGUCAAAGCGAACACAGCGUCUUUGUACAGUCUUAUUAUCUGGACAGAGAGGCGGGUCGGGCACCUGGUGAUGCGGUACAUAAAAUUUAUCCGUCGGCAUAUAUUAAGGUCUUCGAUCUGAGACAGUGUCACAAACAAAUGCGAGGUCAAGCCGCCACUGCUCAGGCUGCCGCAGCGGCGCAAGCCGCAGCCGUCGCGGGCCAUCUCACACAUGGAGGGCCUAUCGCCAAAAGUAUCAGCGCGGCUGCAGGAAUUGGAGUCGACGAUUUACGAAGACUUUGUAUCUUGCGUUUGAGUUUUGUUAAGGGAUGGGGUCCAGACUACCCGCGACAAAGUAUAAAAGAAACACCGUGCUGGAUCGAGGUACAUUUACAUCGAGCGCUUCAAUUGCUGGACGAAGUGUUGCACACGAUGCCAAUUGACGGGCCACGAGCGAUUGAAUAAUUCCAUCAGCUUGAAUUAAAAAAUGAAAAAAAGCAUCAUAAUAUUUAAAUGAAGUAUGCAAGUGUAACAAACAUUUUCUGAAUGAUCAUUCAAGUAAUUUCAGCUUAGGAACGCGAGUGAACAAAUGGAUAAACUAAAUUCACCAGAUGGGAAUGAUCAAAUAAUUGAAAUUUGGCCAUAGAAAGCUCGAAAAAAGAGCUUGCGGAAGUUAUUUAUGUAUUUACCAACUCGUGAUAUAUAAUAACCUGUGUAGGACAGGGGUUCCCAAACUUUCUAGCAUUUAUGCAAAUGGUCCAUAGAUGGAAUAUCUCUGUUUUCUGAAAAUGUAUAUAUUUUAUAUAUUUGUAUAUUUUACUUUCAUAGAAUGUACAAAGUAAGACUUACAACUGUUCUCAUCUUUAUUAAUUAGUUUCUUAUUUGCUAACUUUUGUUAAACAAUUAAAGAGAGGAGAAAAAAAUCAAUGUUGCAGAUGUUAGUGCAUAUAUAUGAUUUAUUAUUGCACACAUUUACUUUUACAUAUGUUAAAUUAGGGAUUUUUCGAAUUACAAUAAAAGAUAAAAAUUUUAUUCUAAGUUUUAUCCAGAUUUAUGUAAUAAUACAUUUGCAUUAAUACUUGUGGUUUUAAUAUAUCAAAUUUUUAUUUCUGAAAUGAAAAGUUACAUCUUUUAUUAUAUAUAUGCAUUGCAUUUAAAAAUAUAAUUUUUUGAAUCAGUUUUUAUCAAGAAAUGAUAUAUACAAGUAUAUAAAUCUUAUAAUCAUAUGGUUCAAUAAUUUAUCACAUAUUCCACUCUGAUAGAAUUUCAGAAAUUGAUUUAGCUUAUGAUAAAAAAAAUUUCAAUUAUGCUAGAUUUUUUGAAAGUUUUAUAAUAUCGUUAAAUCAUUUUAUGGUGCCAUUUACGAAGUAUAAAACUAAAAACCUUGUUCCUCUAAAAACAUUGUUCUUUUAUUUCUUUUCCUUCUAGCUUUGAAAGCUCUUCAGGUUUGAGAACCCCUGCUGUAGAAUAAAACAUGUGCCACGGCCUUGCACUACCAUCAACGUACAAAAGCGAAAGAAACGUUAUUUUUAUUUACGAGAUGUAAUUUUUUACGGAGAGAGGUGACACGACACGUCUCACCGACAAAGAAACAGAAUAAAAUAGAUUGACGGUCUUCUAUUUUGCUAGGCACGCGAAAUGGGAAAAUCCCUCCGACGCAGUCCGCUAAGCUCAGUGAUACCAGUUUCGGAACCGUUAUAUAGUCACGACCCUGUUCUUUGAGAUUAGCUUUAUAAGAUAAGUGAAAACCAUUGUCUACACACUUAUUAUUACUUAUCACAAAUGUUAAGCUCAAUAUUUAUACCAGACAAGAAAAGUCUUACAUUUCUGGAUUCCUGGAUUAAGAUAAAAAAGUGUUUUAACAUUUUUACAUUUAAAGAGAAAAAAUGGACAUUUUUUUUAUAUUUUCGAGUUUUGAUAAACUUGAUGAAUUAGAAUCUGAGAAUCCCAAUAUAGAAGUCCAAGGAUCUAGGAAUCCAGAAAUCUUGGACUCCAGGGAUCUCAGAAUCCAGGAAUCUUGAAAUCUGAGGAUCUAAAGAUCCAAAGAUGUAAGAAUCCUAGGAUAUAAGAAUUAUCUUUAUGCACAUGUAUACAGUAGGGAGAUUUUCUCUAAAUACACAGUAAUACAUUUCUGCCAAGUAGCAAAUGUAGAUAAUUUAUAAGGAUUAUUCACAGUCAUAAUACUUCAUAAUGAUAAACUUUUUUGUAUUUAAAUUCAAAUAGAGAAAAUAUUGCGACAUCAUUUUUCUGAUUUGUGAAAAUAUUAUAGAUUUAGAAAGAUAUUUAUCACAAUUUAUAGAUAUAAUUAUAUAGCGUUGGCAGAAAUUUGGUACAGUGACGUUAAAAUUAUUUGUUUAUUAUGAAUGAAUAUAAUUUGUUUAUUACCUAUUUUACAGUUUAUAACCAAAAAUUAUUUUACAUAGAGAUUUUGAAGUUUUAAUGUUGUAAGCAUUCUUGUUCUUCUUUCUUAUUUCUUUGUUUCGUCAAAUAAAAUCUUUUAAUUUCUUAGUUA